CACACAUAAAGGCAAUUGGUUGGGCUUGUCAACAUUGUUUGUUCUUUCUGUUGGUGCCGUUACAGUUCCAUUUACAGCUCAUUUUUGCUUACAAGUCCUCUCUUGACCAUGACGACGACUAAACCCAAAUCUCCGGCGAGAUUCAAGCUCGGAAGACAGUCCUCGCUAGCUCCGGAGUCAAGGACCCCGACGGAGACGGUAACGGAAGAUGAAGACGAAGAGUUGGCUGCUGCUGCUGCUGCUGCUGGAAUCGUGGAUCCGACGAUUCGUCUGAUGUAUCUAGCCAACGAAGGUGACAUCGAUGGGAUCACCAAGAUGUUAAAUUCGGGAACUAACGUCGAUUACCGCGACAUCGAUGGACGUACUGCUCUCCACGUCGCCGCGUGUCAGGGACGAACCGACGUCGUUCAGCUCCUGCUUAGCCGUGGCGCUAAGGUUAAUUCCAUGGACCGAUGGGGUAGUACGCCUCUUGCAGAUGCAGUGUAUUACAAAAAUCAUGAUGUGAUCCAGCUUUUGGAGAAACAUGGUGCUAAGCCUACGAUUCCUCCUAUGCAUGUCCUAACGGAUAGAGAAGUUCCUGAGUAUGAGAUUCAUCCUACAGAGCUUGAUCUUUCUAACUCUGUCAAAAUUUCAAAGGGUACCUUUCACAAGGCUUCGUGGCGUGGAAUUGAUGUGGCUGUUAAAACGUUUGGAGAGGAAAUGUUCUCUGAUGAAGAUAAAGUGAAUGCGUUCAGGGACGAACUUCAACUGCUUCAGAAGAUACGCCAUCCAAAUGUUGUCCAGUUUUUAGGGGCAGUUACUCAAAGUAAUCCCAUGAUGAUUGUCACUGAGUAUCUACCUAAGGGAGAUCUUCGACAAUAUCUAGACAGGAAAGGGGCUCUAAUGCCAGCGCAAGCAGUGAAGUUUGCACUUGAAAUUGCUAGGGGAAUGAAUUAUUUGCACGAGCAUAAACCUGAAGCUAUAAUCCAUUGUGACCUAGAGCCUCCAAACAUACUGCGGGAUAAUUCCGGACAUCUAAAAGUUGCCGACUUUGGAGUCAGCAAGUUGCUGGUAGUUAAGAAGACAGUUAAAAAAGACAGGCCUGUUACAUCAUUGGACAGUUCUUUGCGAUACAUGGCUCCAGAAGUAUACAGGAACGAAGAGUAUGAUACAAAAGUAGAUGUAUUUUCUUUCGCUUUGAUCUUACAAGAGAUGAUAGAAGGCUAUGUACCAUUCCAUCUGAAAGAAGAAACUGAAGUUCCUAAAGCAUAUGUUGAAGGUGAACGUCCACCAUUCAAUGCUCCAGCAAAAUCAUAUCCUUUUGGAUUAAGAGAGUUAAUCCAGGAGUGUUGGGACAAUGAGGCAUCGAAAAGACCAACAUUUAGAGAAAUCAUCAGUGUUUUGGAGUUGACAAGUGAUCGAAUUGCAAGGAAAAUGAGCUGGAAGGUGAGGCUAGGAAAGUGCCUUCCAAGAAUCAGAUUGUUUACGAAGCGAGAUUAUGUGAAUCCCAGUAGUAGCCGUUCAUCCAUAACCAGGUGACCCCAGAGGAGCUUUGUGUUGUUUUUUUUGGUCAAAUGGAGCUUUGUGUUGUUUCUUUCUUGAAAUUGGUAUAUACUUAAUGAAGAGGAUUGUGUGUUAUGCCUGGAAUGGAAUAAAAGAAUGUCAAAUUAUAUACUAGCCUUUUUGUAUUGAUGACUGUUUUAUUCUGAACCUAAAUUUGAACGUGGUGGUGUGUAUUAAUUUAUGAGUUACUGAGGAGAUCUAAUAUCUGAAUGGUUUUAUUAAGAC